AACCGAAGACUACGUAAAUAGAACAGGCCCCCUUAUGGCCUUUUUACCCCUUCACCCUUAUCAUCCAUCAUAAUUCUAUUCUAUGUUCAACCAGAAAACCAAUAAGACUACAACCAACACAACAUCUCUCUCUUACUAUCAUCUCUUCUCUGAUCCCUUUCUCUUUCUUCUUCUCCAGCAUAGCAGAAACGAGCUGAGGCAUGAGCAUGAGUUCCUUCUUCGAGAGCAUUAAGAAGCCAAGUUUCUUCCCCUCCAUACCUACCGACGACUACGAGUCCCUCCCAGUAGUGUCUCAUACAAGCCCCAAUGCUGGACGUGAACAAGGAUUGCGUCGACGACUCUCCUCUCUCUCAGUACUCGCAAUUCAGCCCAUAUCCACUCAUGCCGCUUCCUGGAGCUUUGCCCGAUCAAAAUCCAUGUCCUCCAUCGGAGAGUCCGCCGGCAAUUCCGUGAGGAAAUGGUGGGACUGGGGAUGGGGUUGGAUCAUAUCAAGAAAACCCGCAUUCGCUAAAGAUCUGGAGAUGAAUGAAGAAGAAUCGGCAAUGCUGGGUUGCCACAACAAAGGCACCUGGAGACAUGUCUUCUAUAAGGUGAGAUCCGAGUUCACAAGGCUCGUGGGCUCCAACAAUGCUGCAGGUUUACCCUAUAACUCAAAUAUGUAGUCACCAGCACCACUCCAUCACUUACUGAUAAGUUGGCAAAUCCCACUGAAAAGAAAUAAGCAUAUAACAUUUCAAUCAUGGGAAGCGAGAAGCUGGUUAAAUAAUCAAGAUCAAAUUCGGUCAAAUUCUCUCUUUAUUUUGUAUUUUAUUUAUUAAUUAUAUGUGGAAUUUUGUUGGGUGGUAAGUAAGUUCCUUCUAUAAAUAUAAAUGGGUUUGUAAGAUAUGUAUUUGGUAAACUGAGAAAGCAUUCUUCUUGACAGAGAGGGGGUGCUGGUUUGGGAACAAAGGUGGUUAUUAUUAUAUUUUAAUUAGUCUUAGAUUAAUGUUUUUUUUUUGGUUUUCUGAACAAGAUGUGUAAAUGAAAUAAUGUUGAAUUGUGAAUCACAACUUGUGAUAUUCCUGUUAGGAAUUCUCAUGGAAAGUGAUAUUCUUGUUUAUAAA